AUGUCGAUGGACGGGAUGAUGUCCACGUCCUCGGGUCUGUCUUACCAACAUGCCGGGGACUUCUACCCCAGAAAGUUCGGCACGAAGCCGGACGUGGUGCCGUCCGGGGUGACCGAGAGGAAGGUGGUGCCGCUGGAUAAACCCGACAUGGUUUCUGUGGAUGUGAUCAACAUCAGUGAUUCAGAUGUCCACAUGCACAGAAAGAAGCAUGAGCAUGACACCUACGUCUUGGGCACUAUUCAUCCAUUCAGGAAGACGCACAAAUCCUUCUUUGGAAAACUCCAGCAAGAAUUCAGAUUGGUCACCUCAGAUAAACGGUCGUGGAGGAUCCUGCUGUUCGGGGCUCUCAACCUGCUGUGUACCGGCUGUCUGCUGAUGUGGUGCAGCUCCACCAACAGCAUGGCCUUAACAGCCUACACGUACCUCACCAUCUUCGACCUGUUCAGUUUGAUCACCUGUCUCAUCAGUUCCUGGGUGAGCAUGAAGAAACCAAGUCAGGUCUACUCCUUUGGGUUUGACAGACUGGAGGUUUUGGCAGUUUUUGCCUCCACUGUUCUCAUCCAGCUGGGAGCCCUGUUCAUCCUGAAGGAAAGUGUGGAGCGCUUCAUGGAGCAGCCUGAGGUCCAUACCGGCCGUCUGUUGGUCGGGACGUUCGUCGCUCUGUUCUUCAACCUGUUGACUCUGCUGUCUGUCAGGAACAAACCCUUCACCUACGUCUCAGAAGCGGCCAGCAGCAGUUGGCUUCAGGAACAUGUGGCAGAUCUUAGUCGAAGUUUGUGUGGCAUCAUUCCAGGUCUGAGCAGUGUGCUGCUGCCCCGUAUGAACCCCUUCGUCCUGAUCAACAUGGCGGGAGUUCUUUCGCUCUGCAUCACCUACAUGCUCAUAGAAAUCAAUAACUAUAAUGCGGUGGACACGGCGUCGGCGGUCGCCAUCGCGCUCAUGACCUUUGGCACCAUGUAUCCCAUGAGCGUCUACAGCGGCAAAGUUCUGCUGCAGACGACGCCGUCACACGUCAUCGGCCAACUGGACAAACUGCUCCGAGAGGUGUCGACUCUGGACGGAGUGCUGGAGGUUCGGAAUGAGCACUUCUGGACUGUCGGCUUCGGAUCUCUGGCCGGCUCUGCACACGUUCGUAUCCGCCGCGACGCCAACGAGCAGCUGGUUCUGGCUCACGUCACCAACCGGCUGCUGCCGCUCGUCUCCACUCUGACCGUCCAGAUCUUUAAAGACGACUGGACCAGACCCCUCCUCACCGGGACCCUCUCCUCAUCUGGUCCCCCUCAGGGUCCUGAAGGUUACGCCGCCCUCUCCUCCUCCUCCUCUACUCCUCCUCUGCUCUUGUCUUCAGGAGGAGAGAUGGACCCGCUGACCUCCACGCCCUCCAAACCCAGCAGCCCUCCUCCGGAGUUUGCCUUCGACACGCCGGGGAGGAACGCGCAGCCGGUGGUCCUGCCCUCCGUGGGACACCACGCCCACAGGCCCUACGGAGGCGUGGGACACACCUACGGAGCGUCUCCCUACGCGGGGAUGCUGAGUCAGGGCGUAGUGCGGCCCGGUGGUGGUGGGUUGGGACUCGGUGCUCAGGGUCUCGGACCAGGGUUUGGACUGGGUGUGAGUGGGAGCGGGGUGCCUUCCUCUCAGAGCUACAGAACUGCCUUCGGAGGGUCGACGGUGCCGCUCCGGUUUGGAACCAACAACCCUCUGCCUUCACAGUCGCAGUACAGACAAUACCAACCCUGAUUGUGCCAGAACAUUACUUACAGAUACUUUCAUUCAUGUUGAAGGUCGAGUUUCUUCAGAUAUUUCAGACGGAUGACGUUUAUUUCCCUGUCCAGGCUGGACGGCAGACACUAAAACAUUUAAGAUGGUAACUUCAGAUUAAAGUUUAGUAGUGUGAGCCUCCCCUGACUUUAGAAGAGAAGAUGGCAAAUAUAUUGUGGUAUUUAUUUUGCUGACAAGGGGACCAACAGGUUGACUGUGGAUGGAUUUGGUAUGUUUGAGUCUGUUUUUUUUUUGGUUUUUUUAUCAGGAUCUUGGGAAGCAACCUCACUGCAGAGCUGACAGGCUGUGAGGAAACCUUUUUGUGGCAACACCAUUAAACAGCAUUCCUGUUGGGAGGAAAUAAAGUGUUGAAUUAAAUAACAA